GACAUGUGCGUAUAAAACCGCCGCACGAGCACCCUCGGCGUUCACAUAACGUUGGGACGCACUGCACCGCACGCAAAAUGAAGUUUUUGGCCGUAGUUCUUCUCGCGUUAUGGCGCCAAGCUGCCGGCGUCGUUCCUGUGUCUCCUUUGGGGUACGCGCGGCCAGCGUUCGCCCCGCUAGGUGUGGCACCCGGAUUGGCCCCGUUGGGCGUGGCGCCAGGGUUGGCACCGCUGGGCGUUGCACCGAGAUUGGCACCCAUCGGAGUAGCACCUAGGGUUGCGGCAGUCGCCCCGGCUGUCGACGAAUACGAUCCAAACCCGCAGUAUUCUUACGCCUACGAUAUUCAGGAUGCUCUUACUGGUGACUCAAAGAGCCACCAGGAAUCGCGGUCCGGCGACGUGGUGCAGGGGUCGUACUCGCUGGUGGAGCCGGACGGCACGCGGCGCGUCGUCGAGUACACCGCCGACCCGCACAACGGCUUCAACGCCGUCGUCCACAAGGAGCCCCUCGGCGCCGCCGUCAAGGCUGUCGCCGCGCCCGCCUAUAUACACUAGUCGAUUCAUUAUUUGCCUCUCUAUCGCUCUUGCAUAUUCGAGUGAUAGAGAGGCAGAUGAUGAUGGUUCGCGGUAGGCCAUCAGUUUUCAAAGUCGCGUAGGAGAGUUUUGCUCAAGAACUCCAAUCGGGAACAAUAGUUCUUUCUAAAUUUAGGACAACUAGCUGUAGCAAGGAUUAAAGCUAUAAAAUAUGGAUCUCGUUAAAAUACCUGAAUUGGUAAAAUGGACUUAGAUAAUUGUACCUAGUAUAAAAUCAGUGACUUUUAGAACUGGGCUUAAUAAUACCUGCCAACUUUAGAAACGCUAGGGUCACUUGCACCAUCCCACUAACCCGGGGUUAACCGGUUAACCCAGUGUCAAAUUGUACUGGUAACCAUGUAACUCCAGGUUUAACCGGUUAACCCCGGAUUAGUGGAAUGGUGCAAGUGGCCCAAUGAACUAGUGUUACAUGAAUCUGGUUACGGUAAGAUGCAAGGGGAAAAGCAAUAAGAUUUUUUGUUGUGCGUUCUAGAUAGAGUGGUCCUAAUCGCUUCAUUAAUUUGGAACAAAAUGAAAUGAAUCUCACCCAUCUUUAAUCACACGAUGAACUUAAAAUGUUGUGUUUAAUAUCAUGUAUUCAUGUAUUAGGUAAGUUAUAAUUUUAAUGGCCUCUUUCAGUAUCCAGAUUCAUUUAGCGCAGUACAGUCACCUGCAAUAAUAUGUUACACAAUGAAGGCCGCAAAAAUUUCUGACACGAUCUUAUUUGUAGAGCCAUACGAGCGUGUCACAUAUUUUUGAGGCGUUCGAAGAGUAACUUAUUAUUACAGGUGACUGUACCAUGUGACAUGUGACCUGAACCGUAUUUAUUGAGACGUGGUUAUGAAGAAAACAACAUAUUGUAAGUUGUUUUUGUUUAGCAACGUCAAAUGUUAUGUUAUGUACUCUGUAUACCUAAUUGUUGAAUGUUAAAGCUAAGGUAAUAAAUAAGAGGAAUCCAAA